AUGGCCACUCACGCCGGAGGUCACUUCAGUGCCGAGCACGAAGUUCCGAUCACAGAACCUAUCAAGGAUACCGCCAGCCCUAUUUCAUAUGCCCCUGCUUCUACUGGUCUUGUUUUUCUCGGGAGCGACGAGGCCGAGGAGCGGCUUCGACGUGCCAAGGAAAUAGAAUCGUACAUGUGGCCAACUCAGUUCCGCUUCUACUGCGAAAAUGUUGUGACUAUUUUAUUGAUACCUUUGCAUAAGCUUCAGAAGGGCGGCACACUAUGCGCAGAGCGUCCGAGCGUCAUGCCAUCAAGCAUUCACCAACGACUUUUGAGCGUUACUUCUCCUUUCUGCAGGCACUAUAUGCUCCACCUCGACCCAGAUAACCUGAAAGAUCCAAAGUGGCAGCAUGCCGUCUACAAGCUUCCUUGCCCGCAGCCGGAUUCCUUGGACAUGCCUUGGGAGGACUGGCAAACGCACUGUAAGGCCAGGAAGUACCGCAUCCGUUUCAGAGCCAAGUCUGACCUCCCACCCGUUCUUCGCAGCACGGCCGAGGAAGCCAAGUGUCUCGACCGCGACGGUCAUAACUGUGUAGUAACGGGUAAGAGCUCCCCUCGGGUCUUCUACUUUAUUCCUUUUACUUGGAAUGAUACCGUUGAGCACAUGAACGCCACAGGCUCCGUUCAUGGAGGAGCCAUCUUAGCGGACACUUACCUCCUGUCAUGGCCGAGCCCUGCCGUCAGCGUGAGGAAGCUUGGCGCGACCCAUAUGGCAUGGAAUAUGCUCUCUAUCGACUCGGAUCUAUACAACUACCUUAAAGAUGGUCUUUGUGCAUUUAGAUAUGCCGAAGGACAGGAACAAUCACUUGGCGAAGGCCGCGUCCAGGUAACCUUGAAUCUCUACUGGAUGCCCAAGCUCAAAGGACGGUUCGGUCAGUUGAUGGAUUUGGAUAAGGAUUGGCCUACGCUGUGUGGCGAAUUGGCCAGAUUCGAAAACUGUCCUCAAGAGUCUUUUCGGUACGGAAAAUUGCAUACAGAAGCGAAAGCGCCGGUACUAUCAGGCCAUACUGUCAAGGUAACCCUGUCGGAAUACGACGUUACGCAGUUUAAGAAUGUAGUUAAAGUGCAUUGGGCUUCCAUCGUCUUCGCGGCCGUUUGUGGUGCUGCUGGACGCCCUUGGCUCUUGUCGGGUGACGAUCCCGAGGAUGGGUCAAUGAUGAAGCGGCAGGACAAGGCCAGAUUUGAGGAGGAUCGACAGAGAGGGACCAUUAGGAAGACAUUGGAUCUAGCAACUUCGACGAUCAGUAAAGGAAAGCGUAAGAUUGCUCGGUUGGCAGGUAAAAGGCUUGUUUGUCACAGCAAGAACUGA